UUUACUUCCGUCAAUAUCGGUGAAUUUCAGACUACAACAAAGGAAGAGCUUCGCGAUCCUCGUGAGAAAAAGAAGAUGCCUUUUCUGGGCCAGGACUGGAGGUCUCCGGGAUGGAGCUGGAUCAAGACCGACGAUGGAUGGAAGCGAUUCGAGUUUUUUCACCACGAUUUGGAAGAGCUGAAUGAUGAAAAUAAAGAGAACUUGUUUGUGGGAGAUGUUUGUGAAGUGGCGGCCAAGAAGAGAAAAAAAGAUCUGUUGAACAACAACACAAAGUCUCAGUUUUUCUUUAAAGAGAAGUGGAUCUAUGUCCAGAAAGAAAGCACAAGAGAAAGGCAUGGCUACUGUACAUUAGGAGAAGCUUUUAACCGUCUGGACUUUUCCAGUGCCAUUCAGGACAUCCGUAGGUUCAAUUAUGUUGUGAAACUCCUGCAGCUGAUUGCAAAAUCUCAGCUGACAUCCUUGAGCGGUGCCGCCCAGAAGAACUACUUCAACGUUCUUGAAAAGAUUGUACGAAAGGUGCUGGAAGACCAAUAUAACCCACGGCUCAUUAAGGAGCUCCUUGAGGACCUGAGCUCCACCCUGUGCAUCCUGAUCCGGGAGGUGGGGAAGUGUGUACUGGUGGGCAACAUCAACAUCUGGGUCUGCAGACUCGAGACCAUUCUCAACUGGCAAGAGCAGCUCAACAACCUCCAGAUACCCAAGCAAAUAACCGGUGGAGUGACACUGAGUGACCUCCCGCUGCACAUGCAGAACAACAUCUUGUACAAGUUCUCGGAUGGCUGGGACAUCAUCAACCUGGGCCAGACCACACCCACACUGCACAUGCUGAGCGAGGACCGGCAGCUGUGGAAGAAGCUGUGCCAAUUUCACUUUGCAGAGAAACAGUUCUGUCGACAUCUAAUUUUGUCUGAAAAGGGGCACGUGGACUGGAAGCUGAUGUAUUUUACCCUUCAGAAGUAUUACCCUAAGAAAGAACAGUAUGGAGACACAUUGCAGUUCUGCAGACAUUGUAGCAUUCUGUUCUGGAAGGACUGCCAUCUGGCUUUCUUAUUCAAGGAUUCAGGGCAUCCCUGCACAGCCAAUGAUCCAGACAGCUGCUUCACACCCGUGUCUCCACAACACUUCAUUGACCUCUUCAAGUUCUAAAUUCCAGGAGUGAAGUGUGGCUCUACACUGUUCAGUGUGCAGUUUAUUUUUUAAGGGCUCAGCAAGGAUGUUUUUGUUCCACACUUUUGCAUUACCUUUAAAAAGGAAAUACGAUGAACGGAUUGGACACGUUGCAGGAAUGUUUGACGGAGGGUUUGGAGCAUCGUGGGACAUUUUAAAUGAGGCUGUGCUCCAUCUGAGGAGCUGUGACGUUCGGACACCUUGGGUGUCUGCCGACAAAAUGUAUGUGAAUUGCUGGCUCUGAUCUGUGUACGUUGGUUGGUUUGGCUUUAUUUACCCAUGUAAUGGAAUGCACCUUACCUGUAGGUUUUUAGGUCUCCGUUUACUUCUGUGUUUGUGUACUUUCUGUGCAAAUAUUUGAGGUAAUGACAAAGUCUACAUUUAAAACUUUUUACAUCAUAUGUUGCAUCUGCUAUUGUUUGGAAAAAGGCAGACUUAUGUAAACUGCACUAUUUAUGAAAAUGAUUUUGUAUCCUUUUCUUUGCAUUUUGUAAUAUUCCUUUAGUAUUCCAAUAACUGAUACAUAAUUGUAUGGAAAGACAAAAUUGGUACUAUUUGCUAGCAACUUGACUUACUGUAAUUAAAAUGCAAAUGCAGCAACAGCAUGCUUUUUCUGGCAGGAUGAGGGGAUAAUGUGUAUAUUACUAAAAGACAAUGGCAUUCAAUGUUAAGGAAAUCAUGACUCGUGAAAUGAGAAACAGAUCCAAUAUAUUGAGAGUGCAUCAAAUUUAAUAAAAUUUUAUACAUCUUUCAAAAUCUGUCAUUGUCGUAAUGCAUUGUACAUGUGGUACAAUUCACAGUGCAACAUGUAAGCUGAAUAAAUCAUUCCUUAUUCUAGAUUCAAAAUGAGUUCAUGAAUGCACUAAAUCCUCCAUUUAUUGUGAUCCACUAAAGGAAGGCACUUGCAAAAAGAUUUAGGACCAAAUAAAUUCAACUGUAUAAAUUUAAUGUAUCCAAAGCUAUUCUUUUUGGAGAAAAACAUGUUAGGCCAAUGUUUAAA